AUUUAUAAUCCUGGGGAUCGGGCCAGCGCAUUCAAAAUAUUGGAAUUUUUGUAGAAUAGCUCGAUAAGAAGAAAAUGAUCUGAUUUUCUCGGUGUAUAUAAGUUGAAGUCGUUGGGCACGAUGGUUGUUCGUUUUCUGCGAAUGUUGUUCACUUUUAUGCGUUGAAAUGGUUGCAUUCAAGUCCAUUAUCUUUUUCCUCGCCUUUGGCACAGAGGCCCUCGGUGUGACAACCGAUGUCAUCUGCCAAAGCAAAUAUGGCACAAAAAGUAUCGCGUCUAAUAGAAUCCCACGGGCUACUACUACUGUGAAGAAUCAGAUCACGGUUAUCAAGAAGGUCAUUCGGAAAGUCAAUGUUGUGGUUGUCCCCAAGGCCAAGACUACAACUGAGACGGAGAUUGUGAUUGAGAGGACUACGACAAGUGCUGAUUCUGAUGUUGAGACUGCUACCGAGACCGAGACUGAUGUGCAAAUUACGAGACGCGUUAUGCUGCUCACACGAACUUCAACAUCGGUAGCUUCUACAACCACGACGAAGUAUACAACCAGCACCAUCGCUGCACCAGCUGGAUUUGUUCCCAUCAAGGAAGUCCAAGGAUACGUCGCCAGAGUCAAAGCCCGAGCUCCCGCACCUAGAGCUGCCGCCGAGUACCUCCAGCGCGUCGAUUGUGUGAAGAAAAUAUCCUCUACUACAACCAAGACCACAACUACUACAGUUAAAGGCGCUAGAAUUACCCUAAAGCCUAAGACUAUUACCAAGAAGACUACAAGUGUUGUUACUAUCACGGAGACGGAACAUGGACCCGAGAUUACGGAUACGGAGACUGAGACUAUUACUACGAUGAGGGUUUCUAUUGAUCAGAGUACUCAAACUCAAACAAUUCCCGAGACCGUCACUGUCGAAUCCAUCAUCCCCGCCGAUCCCUUCUACGCCGCCUGCUCCUCCAACAAUCUCGCCAGCACCGCCAACGGCGGUAAGAGAAUCGCCGACUUCUCCGCCUGGACGGCCAACAGGCCCGUUUCCAUCUCUGGUCUCACCAGCUCGUAUGCAUGCUGUGUUGAAUGUCAGAAGAAGCAGAAUUGCUUCAUGAGUCGGUCAAGUGCUGGGGGUUCAUCGUGCUGGCUGUACUUGACGCCGAGUGAUGAUGUUUGCCCGGCGCAGAUUAAUUGGUUGACUUAUCGGACUGAUAGCGGUGUUAGUGUGGAGUGGACUUAUAGUAAUGGGCCUUGUGGGAGGGCUGUUAACGGGGGAGAGUCAUCCUGAUCAUCGCAUCAUUGUUGAGCUUAGCCUCGGGUUCAUAGUCAUGAUUGUAGCG